GGGAGGAGGAAGGACCUUCGGCCCCGCGUCGCGCCGUGCGCGAGGGCGGCGGCGCGUGGUGUGCGGUGUGGGUCGCGUGGCCUCGGGCCCUCGCUGUCACCACUGCCCAGUGCAUGUGGGCACGGAGAGCUCCAGGGGGGUGACUGCAAAGCCUCUGCGGCCACAGGUGGCCGUGAGGGACAUCGCUGAGUUCGGCCCUCCGGGAUUGCCCAGGCUCCAUUCCCAGAAACCAUUGCGCCGAGAGGUCUCUUUUCAAAGGAGUUGGGCCCGGGGCGCCCGGAGCGUUCGGGACACCCAGCUCUGCAGGGCCUUCCCUGAAGCCGUGCUUUCUCCGCCAGCCCCGAUUUCUGUGGUUCUGGCCGGGGAAGAGACCCACCCGGGGCCGUGGGCCCACCUGCGCUGCUUGGCGCACUCUGUCGGUGCGAAGCUGGCCAUAGGGAGGAGGCAAGGCAGGCUGGACAGAGGACCUAAGCACAGAAAGUGCACAGAGCAGCAGAUCCUACAGCAAGGCUAUCCCAGUUUUGACGUGAACUAUCCAGACCCUCAGUGCCACCUGACAAAAACUGCAUGCCAGGAAAGGAACACAGCCGUGCAGAAUCUGAUCCGUGAGAACCUAGGUUUAUUAAGAAGCUACCGACAUGUGCUCUCCUGCCAGUUCCAAAAUCCUUUACAGGAACCCUCGGUUCCUCCGGUUAGCCUUUCUGCAGCUUCAUCACCAGCAGCAGAGUGGUGUGUUUUGUGAUGUCCUUCUGCAGGCAGAAGGUGAGGCAGUCCCAGCGCACUGCUGCAUCCUGUCGGCCUGCAGCCCCUUCUUCACAGAGCGCCUGGAGCGGGAGAGGCCAGCUCAGGGUCGGAAGGUGGUGCUGGAGCUGGGCGGCCUGAAGAUCAAGACCCUUAGGAAGCUGGUGGACUUCCUGUACACCUCGGAAAUGGAAGUAUCCCGAGAAGAGGCCCAGGAUGUCCUUGCUGCUGCCCGCCAGCUCCGUGUGUCUGAGCUAGAAUCUCUUCAGCUGGAGGCUGGGAAGUUGGUCAAGGCUCCACAGGGGCGAAGACUGAACCGACAGUGCUUACAGCCACCAAGUGCCGCGCCAGUCUCUGCCAGAGUGGUGGUGCCCAGCCGCCGCCCCCGAAUUCCACUGCCCGUUAGCCAGACUCCUUGUCCUCUUGGAGCGGUGAGAUUCAAGUCCUCGGGAAGGGAGGAGGAGUCCCAGGAGAAGAGCAACCGGCAGAAUGUAGAAAACUUGUCAGCCACUCUUCUGCUCAAGAAGAAGGCCAGAGCCUGCCCAGUUCCACAAGAAAAAAGCUCUUCUCCAUCAAGCCACAGUCAGGGGCCUGAGGACAAGAACAACCCUGUCCUUGGCCCUCCCGUACUCUCCCCACCCAGCUUGUACCCCUCUGUGGAUGAGCAACUACUGCCUAGAAAAAUCAGGCUGAGUCGCUCAAAGCCAUCUCCUGAUGUCUGUGCAUCAAAACCUUCCAAUGUGGUGAGUGGACCCAGCUCAGUGCCCACAGCCCCUGGCCGGCGUCUCUGGCGACAGAAGAGUCUAAGUAAAGAAGCAGCAGGGGACAAGCAGAAGCCGGGGAGGGCUAGUCCCUUACAGAGCACCGCAAGCCCAUCUGGUCUUGGGAAGAUGGGCGGGAACAAGAAGCGGAGCCCUGAACUCAGGGCACCUAACUCCAGUUCUGCGGAGGAGGGGCAGGUCGGGAGGGUGAAACUUCGGAAGAUUGUCAAUGGCACUUGCUGGGAGGUGGUGCAAGAGCCUCCCCUCAAAAACUCUCAAGAUAACCCCCAGAUCCCAGAACCUGGAGGCGGCUUGGAAGAGCCUCCAGGGACUCAGCCGUCCUCAGUUAAUGAGCAGGAAACAUCAUCUGCUAGAAUAGAAAUGUGUCAGGACUCUCCGGUGUGUUCUAGGCUACAAGACAUUCUGCUCUCUGCCAGCCACUCCCCAGACCACCCAGUGGUGAAGUCCGAGUUUGGGUCCAGUCCAGAGCUUUCAGGGAAGGAGCCAGCUCUGUUGGACAUUGACUGCAGAGAGCCCUAUGCAUUUGACUCAGCCCUGCUGGAGCAGCCCUGCGAAGCUGAGGAGUACCGAAUCACAAGUGCUGCUGCCACCAGCGAGCUGGAGGAGAUCCUAGACUUCAUGCUGUGUGGCUCGGACAUGGAACCACCCAUGGGAUCCCUGGCAAGUCCCGGGGCUGAAGGCUGCAGAACCCCGAGUUACCACCUCACAGAAACAGGGAAGAGCUGGAUUGAAGGGGAAGAAUGGUGCUUGCCAGACAUGGAACUGUGGCCCACAGAGCUGGACAAGGAAGCUGUUAACGAGGACAAACAGCCAAUCGAACCCCUCAGCCCUCUUGUCAUGCCCUCUGAGAUAAGUGCAGGACAGGUACUUUCAGGAGGCCCUUGGACCCCAGAUCUUGAAGUGAACAGUUCCCAGCCACUGAGUGGUCAGGGAGACAAACUUCUCCAGAUGGACUCUCUUGACCCUCCCAGGAAAUCUUUUGGCAACCUCUCACCUCCCUGCUCAGACUGGGUGGAAACUGGGCUGCAAGUACCUUUGACAAUGGAUGAGGUGUCAUACCCUGCUCCAGAGACAGGCAAGGAAGGAUCUGGUAACUCUGAGCUUCCAGGCUCACUUUCCGCCAGCCCUGAAGAGGAAGAGAUUGACGUGGUGGACUGGACAGCAGAGGGGAGGCUGGUGCCCAAUAGCAUUCCCUCUGUAUGGCCUGAUCCUUCCUCAGAGUCAGAGACAGAGGUAGAUAUACUCACGUAGUGGAGCGGGGAGGGUAGGGUAGGGGCCCUGGGAGGGUGGGAGGUGCUGGCUCACAAAAGGCCUAUUUGUGGAGUAGCCAGCACGCGCCCUCUCCUCUGAGCACAGGAGUGAGCUCCUGGUCCCCUCCUCCCCUCCCCAGGCUUUGGGAGCCAAGCAUGUCAGGUACCAUGGGUAGAAAAUUAUGAACUGGAACUAUUUUAUUUCUUUGUAAUCUGUUUUGCAGUUAGUAACAAAUAAAACAAUAAACUGUGU